AUGGCCUUUUCUUCUUUACCACCUUCUUAUAUUGCAUCCCCUUCUUUGUCUCCUCAGCAUCUGUUCAUGCUCAUGGAUGAUAGCCAAUCAUCAAGUACUACUAGUCCUCCACCACCACCAACACCAUCAACACCAACACCAUCAUCACCCGCUACUACACCCCAGCCUAGGCCACGUCAAACACAACGGGCAAUUGCCGCUUUGGAAAAUGAGCUUGAUUUUCUACGAGAUGAAUGUGCUACUAUCAAUGUGGUCUUGACUUCACUACGAGACGCUUAUGUGAGUGCUGGAUCACCUGAUUCCCAGGAGGAUGACGCCAAAAAGGAAGUUCGCACAGCCUAUGAUGACCUUACAGCCAAGGUGGUUCAAUUGGAACGCAAAGUCAAGUUAUUGGAACGUGAAUUAAAAUCCACUCAAGGUGAAUGGCAAGGCUUGUUUGGCCAAUGA